AUGGGAUUCUUCCAACUCCCCGUUCCCCCAACCCCCCCCGGCACAACUGUCCAAGGCAAAACAAUCCUCAUUACCGGCGGGAAUUCCGGUAUGGGCUUCGAAGCAGCCCGGCAAUUCCUGUCCCUCAAAGCCUCUCGCAUAAUCAUCACUGCUCGCGACAAAACCAGAGGCGAAAACGCCGUUGCCGCGCUUCGUCGCGAGUUUGCUCCUAACAGCAAAAACGAAUCGCCAGUCAUUGAGUUCUUCGACCUGGAUCUUGAUGACUAUCAGUCUGCGCUGAGGUUCUGUGACAAGGUCAAGAAAGAUGUACCGUACUUGGAUGUGCUGGUGUGUAAUGGCGGUGUUUCGUUGAUGGAGUAUCAGACAAUAAACAGCUAUAGCCACUUCCUCAUCGUCCUCGAACUCCUUCCUCUCCUCCAAGCAACAUCUACCCACCGCCAGGCACCUUCACGCGUCACAUUCACCGGCUCCGGGGCGCAGAGACUCACCACCCUAGCCCCAGGCAAACGACCUCUCGGCAAGACCGAGAACGUUCUUGCGCACUUUGACAGCAAGGAGGGUUUCAGCGGUAUGACCCGCUACGGAGAUAGCAAACUACUAGUAAACGCGUUUGUGCGCAAACUGGCUACCCGCGUCUCUCCUGACGAGGUUAUCGUCAAUAACUUCUGCCCUGGUAUGGUUUCCAGUGGAAUGGAGAAAAAUGCGCCUUUGUGGAUGAGAUGCAUUGUGAAAGUUAUCAUGGCGAUUCGCGCGAGGUCGGUGGAGGUGGGUAGCAGGAUGAUGGUUUAUGCUGUUGCAGUGACUGGGAAAGAGAGUCAUGGGAAGUUCUAUGAAAAUAACAAGGUUAAUCCUGCAAAAAUGUUCCUCGAUGAAGAUGCUGGCCAGGAUUUCAUCGGUCGGCUUUGGAGAGAUACACUGGCGGAGCUGGUUUCUUUGGACCCAAGUUUGAAGCGUUGGGAAUAG